UCAACUUAAAAAGAGUUUUUUCACAAUUUUGAUGAUUUUCCAUCACUUUCCAUCGAGAUUCAAGAGGGUUUUCCUCAAAAAUCUCAAUUUUUCCCGUAUCAACUUCUCCUAGCAAAUCCAUUUUCUUCCUACCACUUCCAUGGCUUCCACCUCUUCACAAGGGGGUUCAAAAUUUAUUUCCUUUGAUGGCAGAGCUGGCAAGAGAUACAAACCAAAGAGUUGGAAUAGCAAUGAGGAUCUACUUCAAGACAAAAAUACCCACAUGUCUUCACAAGCCCUUCAACGGAAACCUACGUCUUACAAAAUUAGGGGGUCUCUUUCAGACGUUCGUAAUUGUUGGAUUGUUAUGGGUCCUGAGGUUAAGGCCAAGAUUUCUGCUGCUGGUUUGAAUCAUUUUCUGACUUCUAUAUAUAAUGAUGGGAUCGUUGAGCACAAGGACAUCAACCUUAUCAUAGCUUUAUCGGAAAGGUUUUGGGAUACUACGAACACAUUUCAUUUUCCGGGUAUUGGUGAGGUAAUGUUGACGCCUCUCGAUUUUGCAGUGAUAACAGGUUUGAGAAUUGGGGGAGAGCGUAUAGAGGUGAAUGACAAUCUCACCAACUGUGAUGUGGAGCGUUUAUUAGGGGGGUUACCUCCUAAAGGGUCUGAGCUGAAUGUGAAAUUGUCAUGGCUUGUGAAACAUCUUCGGGGAAUUGAGGAUGUGGAAAUGUGUGUACGGAGUUUCAUGCUUCUGCUCAUUGGCCAAGUGUUGUCCCCAAACACAGGGAGUACAGUCAGUCUCCGUUACCUGGCAUCUUUAGAGAAUGUGGAUGAUAUUGGGAAGUAUGAUUGGGGAGGCAUGACUUACGCAACCUUACUCCAUUAUAUGGUCCAGUAUUCUCGGUGUGCAAUGAACAAUUUGGGUGGUCCGCUAUUUACUUGGGAGAUUUGGAUGUAUGAGUACUUUGGGGUUGGUCCUAAACUUCAUAAUUCUAAGGCUCAGGUCUUUCCAAGAUUUUUUCGUUGGUCUUCCAGGAAUAGGAUUAGUGGGGGCAAGAAGCGUACAUUACAAGAUUGGCGAUUGAUAAUUGAGAGCUUGACGGAGACGAAUAUGAACUUAGACCCUUGGCAGGUUGUUACAAUUUCAAAUAAAUAUUCUGGACUUACCUUGAACCGCCGUAAGAUCUUAUUUGAAUGUCCUUUGGGGAGGUACUGGUACCUAGGUGAUCGAGUGCUAGCACAGGUGGAUCACAAAUACCCUCCCCUCUUGCCACAAGACCCCCCUGACUCGAUGCGAAAAGGAGGUCUAUUGGAAGGAGAUGACUUGAAAGCAGCUCUAGCUGGAAGUGAUGCCAUGGGAGUGGCUGGAGAUUAUGGAGAAUUUGUUCAGAGGCGCCUGCAGGGGCGCUUUGCACAUCUAUGUGGAGAGACUGUGAGUUGUUUUAACGGUGCCUUGGUCAUGUAUAGUAACGGUCUUGUCUUGCAGGGAACUGCAGAACAGGGUUCUGAUUCUGAAGGUUCAUCGCCUGAGGGGAAUGCUCCUCAACCCUCUAGUCAUGUUGAGGGCCCCAGUGGUUCUUUCCAGGAGAGGUACCUUCAUUUUCCUUCAUGGUCAUGCCGAGUGAUGAAUCAAGAUGGCUCUAUUGGAUAUACGCGACUUGACAGGCCUGAACAUGCUCCAAAUGUUCCAUGGACGGGCCAGGUGGCAAUUGGGACUGAUCUUGUUGAUGAGAGUCUGCUGAUGAUUGAAUCACUACAACAAACCGUUUAUACACAAUCAGCUCAAAACUUCUCUUUGAGGGCAGAGUUGGCAAGUGCACGGUCUCACAUCCAGACUAUGGAGGGAUUGUUUGAAAGGCUUGGAGUUGGAGCUGGUCCAAGACGAUCACAGCGGGGUGAUGAAGGAGGUUCUGGAAGUCGUAAUACAAGGAGGUCGUCGCGUAGGAGAACCCAAGGCCCUUCUGAUGAAGACGAAGACAUUUGACUCUCACCAUUUCCUGCAAAACAAAAGAUUUUUGUUUUUCUUUAGAUUGUGUUAGUUACUUAAGAGUUGUUAAACAACUCAUUUUCAGUUUUUAAACAACAUUAUACACAUUUUCACCCACACGUAUUUCAA